UGUCAGGCUUAAGCUCUUAAGCCAUCACACUAGGGUCUUCCUUUUACCAGGCUCUGACUUAUAUUUUCAAUUCUACUGCUUCUAUAUACUUUAAGAUUUAUCUUUGUUGUCACUUUUUCAAUAUAAAAUUAUCUUUAAAAGCCUUGAAAGUCAUGAAAAGCAUUAUUACACUAAUGCUUCUUUCAGAACUAUGUUCUGUUGGUCUGUGUGUGUAUGAACACCAAUAUGUCUUUUACAACACUCCUAAAACCUGGGUUGAGGCACAGAGCUACUGCAGAGAAUCGUGCAUCGACCUGGCCACAAUUGAUGACAUGAAUGAGAUGGAAAGGGUCCUGAAAACUGUUGGAAACGGCUACAGUGAUGCGGUGUGGAUUGGGCUGCAUUUGGGUAGCACACAAAGGUGGCACUGGUCUCUUGCAGGAAAGGAAUUCUACAAGGAGGGAGAACGAAAUCACAUAAAAUGGACCAUAACACAUAACCAUCCCUGUGGAUAUUACUACAAAGGGGGACUGUAUGGGUCAUAUUUUACAACCAUAAGGAACCCAUUCUGCUUCGACAAAACAAAACAAGGAGUUGAUCAGUACAUCCCCAUAGAAGAGAGAAUGGACUGGCUGGAUUCUCGAGAUCACUGCAGAAAGAAAUACACGGACCUGGUCAGCUUGAGGAAUGAUGCGGAGUAUCAGAUUGUUCAGAAUAUGUCUCAGGGAAAGGAGUUGUUUGUCGGUCUCUUCAGAGACUCAUGGGAAUGGUCAGACAUGUCAGACUCCUCAUUUAGGUACUGGCGGUAUCGACAGGAGUAUAUUCGUAAAAGUUCAGAGGACUGUGUUGCUCUUUUAAAGACGCAAUCUGGUAAAUGGGGAUCUAAGAUAUGUACAGAAGCACAUCCAUUCCUCUGCAAAUGCAAAAACAACCUGCGGUUCAUAAAACUGAGAAUCAGCCAAAGCGGCUCAACAUUGGAUCUAAAUGACCAUGCAGUGCAAAACAGCAUCUUGGAGCAAAUAAGGCUGAAAGCAAGUGAGAACAUAACUGGAAAUUUGACUCUACGGUGGAAAACUAACUCGGAUGGAAAAGUUUUUACCAAGGAACCUGCUGUUGAUGACCCAUAAUAAAGGAGAAGAUGUGCAAAAGGAAUG